AAAGUUAAAACUCACUCACACCAUUUCCUACUUCACUUCUCCUUUUUGGGGAUUUUGGGGGAAACGAAAAUGCUCACAUGCAUAGCACGUUCGAAGCAAUCGAGCGACGAAUCGCCGUCGAUCGAUCACCGGAAUCCGCCGUCUGGAAAGCUGAAUUCCGACUCCGGCGCGGCUAAUUCGAAACACGCGAUCAAAUCGCUCUCCUCUCAGAUCAAGGACAUGGCGCUGAAGGCGUCGGGCGCGUACCGCCACUGCGCGCCGUGCGCGAACCAGUCCGCCGCGGCGCCCGGGGCGAUCGGCGGCGGCGGAGAGCCGAUGGACCUGGCGGCGGCGCAGGAGAAGUUCCGGUGGUCGUACAGGCGGACGGGGAGCUCGAGCUCGGGGCGGAGGGAGCUGGAGGCGAGGCUGAAGGGGAUUUCGAGCGGCGAGGGGACGCCGGCGUCGGCGAGCGGCCGCCGGAUUGAUCCGAUCGUUUUCGUUGAGGAGAAUGAGCCCAAGGAGUGGGUCGCUCAGGUGGAGCCCGGUGUUUUAAUUACCUUUCUGUCCCUGCCACGUGGCGGGAAUGACCUCAAGCGCAUUCGGUUCAGCCGAGACAUGUUCAACCAAUGGCAAGCACAAAGGUGGUGGGCUGAGAACUCCGAGAAGGUUCUAGAACUCUACAAUGUCCAGAGGCUAAACCUCCAAGGCUGCCCUCUUCCAACAACACCAAUCUCUGAGGAUGACACCAGCUCGAAGAUGGACAGCAGCCCCGUGACGCCACCACUAGGCCGAGAGCCUCCCCCUCGUGCAUUCCUCCGACCAACCGGGACAACAAAGGGAUACUCCACAGACUCCUUAGACCUAACCUCCACACACUCAAUCCCUAACUAUGAAUCAACUCCCAAGCUCUCGAGCAUCAGUGGCGCCAAGACAGAAGCCUCCUCAUCAAUGAGGACUAGCUCGAUGAGCAAUGCCAGCGAUCUGGAGACCGAGUGGGUCGAGCAGGACGAGCCCGGGGUGUAUAUCACCAUCAGGGCCCUGCCCGAUGGGAAAAGGGAACUCAGACGCGUUAGAUUCAGCCGUGAUAAAUUCGGGGAGAUACACGCGAAAAUGUGGUGGGAGGAGAAUCGGGGGAGGAUACAUAAACAGUACUUGUGAUUUUGGAUUCAGGAGAGAGGCUUCAUUUUUUUCUGAUAGAAGAAGUUCUGAUGAAAAGAAGAAGUGUUGGUAUGAGAAUCCAAGUUUAGUUAUUAUGUGUAAGUGAUGAACCUUACAACAACUUUUCCAUUUUUUUGUCUCUUUUCUAUAUAUGCCUGUUUUUUAUUAUAUGAAAUUGUGGUAUAUUAUGGU